AUGACACACAUGUUCUUUGAGAUUACUGGAAAGCCGCUUACUGGCAUUUGUGUUAGACAGCUCACUGAAAAGAAAAUGACUUCCAUGCAAACCUACUUAUCUUCAGGAGAGAUCCAAGAACCAAAGCGGGCAGUUUCUUUUUUACUGCCCAAAGAACCUACAGACUUUUCUCUACCUGCUGAAAAGAAACAGCUUCUGGACCACAGAGAAGCUGAGAAACGGUGGUUACUUAGAAGAAGGCGAGCUCUAUUGUUUCCUAAUGGAGUAAAAAUCUGCCCAAAUGAAACUGUUACAGAGGCUGUGGCAAACCAUGUGAAAUAUUUUAAACUUCGAGUGUGCCAGGAAGCUCUCUGGGAAGCUUUCAAGACUUUUUGGGAUCGACUACCUGGGAGAGAGGAAUAUCGUUACUGGAUGAAUUUGUGUGAGGAUGGAAUCACAAGUAUAUUUGAAAUGGGCACAAUUUUUAGCCAGUCUGUGGAACACAGAAGCUUAAUCAUGAAGAAACUGAUUGACACAAAGGAAAUGGUAGGCAGACGUGAAUUGUCAUCUCCAGUUCCUAUUGGUGACACCUCAACAUUGGGAGGUGCUAUUCUCAGUGCUCCAUAUCCAGAAGUGUCUUCCUAUGAAGGUGCUUCAGAGAGUAGCUUGCAACCACCAGAGGAAAGUAUUAGCAAUGAAAUUGUGAAUGUUAUAGAAGAGCCCGCAAAACCAGCAGCUGAACAGAUUGCAGAAUUCAGUAUCCACCUUUUGGGGAAGGAAUAUAGGGAAGAGCUACAGGAUCCUGCCAGCUCCCACCACAAGCAUCUUGUAGAAGAGUUUAUUUCAGAGGUUGAAAAGGCAUUUACUGGGUUACCAGGCUACAAGGAUAUUCAUAUUCUUGAAUUUAGUGGAAUAGAUGUUCAUUAUGAAGUUACCUUGAAUGGAGAGGCAGUCAGUAAUACCACAUGGGACCUAAUUAGCCUUCAUUCCAACAAAGUAGAAAACCAUGGCCUUGUGGAAUUGGAUGAUAGGCCCACUGCUGUUUAUACAAUUGGUAACUUCAGAGAUUAUAUUGCUGAGACACUGCACCAGAAUUUUUUGGUAGGGAAUUCCUCCUUGAAUCCAGAUCCUGAUUCUCUUCAGCUUAUCACUGUGAGAGGCGUUUUGCUUCCCCAAAGUGAAGACCUAGUUUGGAAUACCCAAAGUUCAAAUCUUCAGGCAACACCACAAUCUAUUCUGGAUAAUACCCUUCAAGCUGAAUGGCCCUCAGCAGAUGAACCCACCACCAGCAAUAUUUCACCACUUGAUUUCAGCUCUGAUCCUCCCUCAACCACCGGCAGGGAACUCUGGUCAGAAAGUCCUUUGGGGGAUUUAGUGUCUACACCUAAAUUAGCCUCUCCCUUCAAGGUGGUCCUCGGUUCUUCCCCAAAGGUUUUAGAGGUUAGCGGCUUGACUCUUCAUUCUGUCACUCCAGCAGUGCUUCAGAAUGUCUUGCCUGUGGCUUCUGAGGAGAGGACAUCUGGAUUUCACUUAUUAGAAAAUGGAUUAGCCAAUGUUGAAAAGUCAGAAGAUUUUCUUUCUGUUGACCCAUUGCCUUCAGGUUCACUCAUUCAACGUGUGCCAAAACAAACAAUACCACCCUUGGAAGACUCUGGUGUGUCCCUGACAUCUUCACCAGAUCUGAUCUCUUCUGUUACCUUAGAUCUUCUUGCUAAAGAAGUAACUGUACCUUUUGGCUUUGACCCCUUGGCCUCUGAAGUCAAAGACCAAUUGGAAGCAAGCCAUUUGUUUCCAGACAUGUCUAUGGAAAAACAAUUCAUAUUUGAGAGUGGUUUAGGUUCUGGGUCUGGACAAAAGGUGGAUCUGAUUUCUUGGACAUGGAGUGAGACUUCAUUAGAGAAGAGCACUGAACCACUGUCUAAGUCAUGGCUUGAAGAUGAGAAUUCACUUUUGCCACCUGAAGGUAUAAAUGAGAAGCUUGUUAUAGAUAACACAAUGGAUUACACAGACCAAAUUAUUGAGCAUUCAAAGUAUAAGCAUGAUGAGAAAUCCACAAAAUUUGCAGAGGAAGAGCCCCUUGUUGAACCUACUGUGUCCAUCUUGGCAGUGUCUGUAAUUCAUUCUACUUCUCCAACUUUUUCUAAGCACACUUCAGAGAUUCCUGAUGUUGAUUACCACACAGUUACCAAAGCACCUUUUCUACUGACAGCUACUUCUUCUGAUAAAACAAAUCAAGUGAAUACCUUCCUGAUCAAGGAUAGAGAACAAACUACAGAGUCAUCUAGCCACGAAUGGUUUGACAGCAAGACUUCAAUGGUGAAGCCAGAUCUGCAGCCCGUGUGGACCAUAUUCCCAGAAUCAGAUAUAGCUUCAGCAAGCACUUCUUCCCUAGGGAAAUUACACAGAGACUCCUUGGCAAGUACACCACAGAGUACUGAUGGACUCUGGUUGAAAACUUCCAUGACACAGUCCACCAGAUUACCUCCAACCACAAGCUCCACCCUGCUGGAGGAUGAAGUAAUUAAGGGCGUACAGGAUAUUUCAUUAGAACUGGACCGGGUAGGCACAGAUUACAAUCAGCCUGAGCUAACCCGAGAGCAAAAUGGCAAAGUUGGUAGUUAUGUGGAAAUGUUUACAAAUUUUCACUCCACGGAGAUGGCUACUGUGGCUCAGCCCACAAGAGGAGGUGACUUGAGUCAUGCCCAGACUGCAGGAGCUUUGGUAGUUUUCUUCAGCCUCCGAGUCACUAACAUGCUUUUUUCAGAAGAUCUAUUUAAUAAAAACUCUUUGGAAUAUAAAGCCCUGGAGCAAAGAUUCUUAGAAUUGUUGGUUCCCUAUCUUCAGUCAAAUCUCUCAGGGUUCCAGAACUUGGAAAUUCUGAACUUCAGAAAUGGUAGUAUUGUGGUGAACAGUCGAAUGAAGUUUACCAAGUCUAUCCCUCCUAAUGUCAACAAUGCUGUAUACAUGAUUUUAGAAGACUUUUGUACCACUGCCUACCAGACCCUGAACUUGGCUAUUGAUAAAUACUCCCUUGAUGUAGAAUCAGGUGAUGAAGCCAACCCUUGCAAGUUCCAGGCCUGCAAUGAAUUUUCUGAAUGUCUGGUCAACCCCUGGAGUGGAGAGGCAAAGUGCAGAUGCUACCCUGGGUACCUGAGUGUGGAUGAAUUACCUUGUCAGAGUCUCUGUGACCUGCAGCCUGACUUCUGCUUGAACAAUGGAAAAUGUGAUAUUAUGCCUGGGCAUGGGGCCAUUUGUAGAUGCCGUGUAGGUGAAAACUGGUGGUACCGAGGUGAGCACUGUGAGGAAUUUGUGUCUGAGCCUUUGGUCAUCGGCAUCACCGUAGCCUCUGUGGUUGGACUUCUCCUCAUCUGUUCUGUCGUCAUCUUCUUCCUUGUCAAGACUCUUCAAGCUCAGCAUGUCAGGAGAGAAAGAGGGAGGCCCUUCAGCAGGCAGCCUGACAGCCUUUCAUCCAUGGAGAAUGCUGUAAAAUGCAACCCUGUAUUUGACAGCCACUUGGCUGGAUAUGAGCAAUAUGAGCAACCCUAUCCUCAGCAUCCCUUCUAUGGCUCAGCUUGUGAGGAAGUGAUUGGUGGCCUGAGCAGAGAAGAAAUCAGACAGAUGUAUGAGAGUAGUGGCCUUUCCAAAGAGGAAAUUCAAGAGAGAAUGAGAAUUUUGGAACUCUAUGUCAAUGAUCCUGAGUUUGCAGCUUUUGUGAGAGAGCAUCAAAUGGAAGAACUUUAACCUAAGUACCUAUUUUGACACUGAUUAGAAGCCUGGAGAAGAUGGAGACCACUUGUUACCUAUGCCAUAAAAUUAAUCUGGAUUUUUGAACAAUGUUGGAAGAAGAGUUUUCUAUUAAAAAAGUAAAUAAAUGUGAAGUAUACUUUUUUCCUACCUUAAAUUUUCAGAAUGUAGAAAGAAAUUUGACAAUUUUUACUUUAAAGACCAAGAGUUGUGUUUAAAGAAAUUAAAAAAUGCGUGAGUUCUUGAAAGUAUUCUGUUAAGAAAAAAAGCCAGACCUGGGAGUUAGGGCUGCAUUUGCUGUCUGCUUCUGAAUCUUUGAAGGUAUCUCCUAAGAGCUGUGCUUCCAGCUUCCCAGUAGGAAAACUAUUUUGUAUCAUAUUUGUUAUUGUUAGCUGUAAUAGAGGAAGCCUUUGAAAUAAGUUUGAUAUAGUUUAAAGUCAGACAUUCAUUUAAAUAAAAUGAUACUUUUUUGAACAAAGGAUUCUUUUUGCUACAGCAUAGAGUUAGGCUUAUGUUUGAUGCUUCUACUAAAGUUUUGAAUUUCCUGAACAUAUUAAUCAAGAAAAAAAUAUUGUUAUAUUAACUAUAUCAAAAUCCUGUUUUUUUUAACUUUCAGGAAUAAUAUAUCUCUGUAAGGUUUAGAUGGUUCCCAUUUGUCUGAAACCCAAUUUAAUCACAAGGGCAGUGAGGGAGUGGGUAUUAGGUCAAGGGCACAGCAUUGACAAUAUGCUUUGCCAGUUGACUGGUGGACUGAGUCAGUACUGAUAGGUUUCUGAUUCUGAGAUUGAAAAAUAUCUUGGUCAAAUCCUGGUUUUUCUGUAGUUAUUGGCGUAUUAAUUUUGAAAACAGCACUUAGUAUAGAUCAGUUCAUCUUCAUUGUUUCUCCUUUGUAUAAUAACUUCUGUCCAAAUUAAUUUCUGCUUACACAAAAUAGGAUGAGAUUUUUAUUGCAAUUAAAGUAUUCUUAAAAUUGUAAAGGUUGGGAAAAUCCACACCUUACAUAAAUUUUGCCUGAAAAUGGAAAUGUUCAUUUUGUCUCCUAGGGUUUUUUGAGUGGGUAUCCUUGAGAGGGGACAAGAAGGCCAAAUAAUCAUCACUAUUAAUAUUGAAAGACAUAGGCAAUAGGUUAUUAUUAAUACCAACAUUUUAUAUUGGACAACUCCAUGUUUGCCAAAAAUAGUCUUGAACAUUUUGGCUUAUUUCUGACCAGAUAUAAUUAACCAGGGAUAGAGUUCACUGUUUUUUUCUCAACUUGAUGACUGCCAAUUUCAACUUAUUAUGAGAUUAGCGUGAACUAAAUGGUGAGGCUGGUUAUAUGCAUUGUGAGCCAAAUGAACACCUUGAGGGUAUCAAGAUAUUUUGCAAAGUACAUAUGGUGAAGAAGUUCUCUGUGUGUGUCUCAGGGUGGCUCCUUUAUCUCAGUAUUGCUUUUUAUUCCCUACUCACAUGGUGGAUCCUCAAUUAGUUCAAUGUAGGCACUACUAUGCUACUGCUGGAACAUUUUCUUCUGGACUAAUUUGAUUGCUAUCUUUAAAGCAUUAUAAGUGUUAAAGGUAUUUGUCACUAUUAAGUGCUUGAUUUUAUUUGUAAAAUUUCCAAAGAUUUCUGCUUAAGAUUUUGUUUCUUUCCUAAGUGCGCAUGUGUUAGAUAAAAAAAUUUAAAAUCACAAAUUAACCCUAGAUGGGAACUCUUUGAAUGGGUGCUUGCUGAAAGUAUUCUAGAUGGACAUAAAGGUUGUCUAGAGCAGGUCACCAAAUGAAACACUUCGGAGAAGCACAAACUGAGCCAUUGGUAUCCAGGAGCCAAGCAGUCAAAUGGGAAUUGGGGAUUUCUGACACACACUGCAGUCUCUACUUUCCCAUUGCAUAAUUUUUAUCCAUGCUGCAUGAAUGUCUCUUCACACCACUGGAAGGGAAGAGUAAAAGAAUCCCUAAACUAUCAGGGAAAGAACAGAAAGCCUCUCAGUUUAGGAAUAAAGGCUUUCAUUCUGCCUCUGCUGUAUCUGAACCACAGUGGGAAAGUCUGAAGAAUGCAGCUUCCCCAGUGAAGAACCACUGCUAUAAGCAAAGGGCUAAAGGAGCUAUCAGUCUGAUGGAGAAAACUACUCUUAAGAGCUUCUUUCUAAAAGAGCUUCCCCCAAACUAAUUUACUGAUAUGUAGUCAUCUAAACUCUCAUUUAGGUUUUGUGAUUAAGGAAUGAAAUGUUCUGAAUGUUAGAACAUUGUCAUUAACCAAGUGAUACAAUGUUCAAUAAAAUAGUCACCUUAUUUGAAAAUAAUAAAAUGCAGUUAGGUACUAAAAAUGCAUGGGAAAUAACCUGUUUUUCUUUUUCUGGACUCAUAAGGUACUGUGAAGUCUUGUAGAUAUAGUCUUUUUUGUUGUUGUUUGUUGUUUUGGUUUUGGUACCGAGGAUCAAAGUCGGGUCCUUGCGCUUGCAAGGCAGGUGGCAGAACCACUGAGCUAAAUCCCAGCCCUAUAGUCUUUUAUUGAACUAGACAAUUUUUUAUAGGUUCUAGAUAAAGGAGAAUUUACUUGAUAAAUAGGGCUCUAUUUUUACUAUUGCAAUGAUUUGAAGAUACUUGUUCACAUUUAUGUGGCCUAAAUAACAUUUGCUUUAGACAAUAAAAGAAGCGCAAGUUUCCCUGAUUUAUUCCCACCUGUGUUGCUUCUUCUGCUGUAUGUAGUCUCCAUGGGUUGGCUGCCACCCCUUCCCUCCUCCUGUCCCGUCACUUCCUCUUUUUUGGCCACAUGGUGAAUUACAGUGUAGUGGAACUACCCUGACUUAAUGUUACUUCUGACAAAAUGAUGGAAACUACACAAAUAUUCUUUGUAGACUGUAAAAGUAUCUUGGCUUAAAUAUGAUAUCUGAACAAGUUAUUCAUUUGAACACUUUUUAAAAAAUUAAGUUUGUCUUACAUUUCAUGAUUUUUAGGCAGCUGGUAUCUUUGUGUCAUUUUCAUGUUUUCAACAAUGGGUACUUUGACAUUUAUCAGCCCUUGAAAUGGAUUUACAUUUUGGAAUGGGAAAAGAAAACAAUGAAUGUAUUCCACAGGAAACAGCUGAUUUUGGAGAAUUACUUAUCUUUAUUAAAUUGAGAUAUUUUAUCCAAGAAAAAUAUGGGCCAGAUUUUUUUCUAAAACAUUUCUAAUAAUUCCCAGUAUAAAUGGGUGCUGCCAGAUUCUUUUACAGUCCGGCUGCAGUGAGUCAGGACCUGAGCUCGUUGUAUUCCUGUGUGUGUAAUAAAUGCAGGAAAAUGUUGUGAAGGUCACAACUCUCAAGUCUUCUGCACUGUGUACCACAAAGGAUCCUGGCUGGGUGUGGGAAGGUGGAAGGGUUACAUAAUGUAAUGGAUGAUGUAAAGAACUCACGUGGACCCUUUACUCUUGCAUUUUGUAAGACUGUGCACUACUCUUAUGUAUUAAUAAGAGACAGAUAAACCAUUCCUUUCAGGAUAAUAAGACACAGGUUAAAACAUUCCUCUCAACCAUAUAGUAUAACUACAGCCUAUGUUAAAUAAUUUUGCAUCCUAAUUUCUCCUCAUAUUUAAUUACUUCUUUAAAUGUUAAAGGAAUUUUGUAGGAAAAAGACAUGACAUAAGAUAAUACAUGUAUAAUUAUAUAUCAGGGCUAUGUGAUGAUUCUUAAGCAGUAGUGUACAUUAUCAUCAUGUAUGUUAAGUAUGGGUUUUUCUUUUUCAUCUUGUUUAUAAUGGUAUUUAUUCAAAGUGGGAUCAAAUAAAUUCAUGUUACUGUACUAUUUUGCUGAAAUUUUUUCAUCUUAUUAGUAGAAAUAAAAAUUUUAAGUCUUAUGUAUAUGAAAGGAUCUUUCUUA